GCGCCUGCAGCACAGACUGGCACCAUCUCGUGGAUUCCGUCAAAUGGUCAAAUGGAUUCCAACCCCUCCCUCCAACUCCUCUUGUGCUUCAAAAAAGCAAUGUCUGUUUCUAUUUCCUGUCCACAGAUGCUCCGCCACCUCCCGCCACCCGCGCAGUCGUGCCAUCUGAUAGGCCUCUGGGUCUGCUCGCCAAAACACGUCGAAGCUGGCUGGCCCGAUUCCUCCGCCAGCGCCACUGCUCCGGCCCCGUUUCCCUGCCGCUUGCGAGUUUCACCGCUGCAUGAGGUCAUGGGCUCGCCGCCUGCAGAACCGUGGGCGGAGGUCGCAAUUGAGGAGCAGGGGCCACGGUUAACAGGGCUGGGGUCCCCCCCCGUUUGUGGGACCCAGUCCUCCAAGUUGGCGCGCCUAGGCCUUGCUCGUGCCUUUUGCGGACUACGCUCCCAGUGGGUUACGGACCAAGGUUUCAACCACCAUCUCUGCCGCUCCUAAUUGGGCUGUUGUCGCUUCGCUGAGGCCCUGACCCUGGCCCCUGAGCCAUUGAAGGAACAUCCCGCCUAUCUCCAUCUCGCUCAUCGAUCGCGGCAGCUUCGUCGAUUCGUGCGCCCUCCAAUCACAGCGCCUCUGUUACGCGUUGCACAGACCCCCUCGUUUACAGCACAUAAUACCCACGCUCGAAAGCAAGAGCUUCUCUUCAUCAAACACCGUUUUUCUCGCUUCUUUUUGAUCUUGCGUAAGAUGUUUUGUUUUAUUAUUUGGAGUAACGACUGACAAUUCAUGUUGGCAAGGCCGGCACGAGGCAGCAAGAACAAGUCCAGAAGCUGGAAGUCCUUGGUUGAGAACGAGUGUAGGGGGCGAGGUAUAAAACACAAUCAACGAGAAUGAAGAAGAAAUGAUUGCCAUAGGGAUGGGCGACCGCUGCAAAGACGGCUUCCCAGGAGCAGGUUAUUAGGUCCAGGCGAUAUGGUGUGAAUGUGUGCAUAGUGGCCUCAACAGAACAAACGACUGCAUUACAGGUUCCUGGCCGCAGCUGGGGAAGAGACAGCAAAGACGACAGCCAUUUGGCCAUGCCCUAAAAGAGCGGUGGUGGCGCUGGGGGAGUUUGUAGUCCCUCGGCCACCAUUUGAUCUCACACCAAAACCACCCACUCGCCAUCAACACUUCCAGCGUCAACUUGUU